AUGGCAUCCAUGAUAGAGAGUUUGCCAACAUUGGCUCUCCUGGGAGCCACGGGCAAGACUGGCCGUGAGGUGUUGAAACUUUUACUGAAGCGAGACUUCCAAUGGCUACGGAUCUACGUCCGAUCCAAACAAAAACUCCUCAAUCUAUUCCCACAGCUCAUUUCAGAUGCCCGGAUCCAGAUAUGCGAAGGACAGGUGACCGAUCAGAAGACCAUGCAGGAGUGUCUCUCGGGAGCGCAGGUCAUCAUCUAUACCAUUGGAGGAUACUCUUAUUUCCCGGACAACAGCUUGCAGAACUCAGCUGAGUCGAUGGUUGCAGCAUUACGGGAGCUUCAAGCAAGAAAUACUGGCGGUUCGUGGGAGAGACCGCGAGUGAUCUUCCUCUCAUCAUCGACAUUGAAUACGCGCUUUGCAGCUGCUCGACCCAGAUUGAUAGACUGGCUGAUCAAGACGGCGUUCCAGAACGGGUACAACGAUCUCAAACGUGCUGUCAAGGCCGUACAGGCCGAUCCCUCCUUGCUGUCCGUCCUCUUCGUCCAGCCUGCUGUACUGGUCGAAGAGGACAGCACAGGCAGCUAUGUCAGCGUGGACGACGUCAAACUCGCGUGCUCGUACGAAGACCUCGGAGCGGGCUUCGUGGAGCUGGCCCUGAACAGAGGCUAUGAUGAACUGCAUGAGAUCGGUUGUUCGAGCAGCAAAGGCAAUAGAGUACCCAGGUACCUUCCGAUCAUGCUCAGAAAGAUCGCUGCUGGCUUCUUUGCCUUUUAUGUCCCGGGCGCUUUGCAGGUCACGAAUGCUUUGGAGACCAUGCAGCGUUGGAUUUGGUGA